UCGGGAUGCUCUGGACUCCCUAAUCGAACAAACCUAAUACUUCAAAAUUCUUUCACCAUGCCGCACUUCACCGAGCAAGCAGACGAUAAUAAGUUUUGUUAAUGGCCGUUCGGACUGCGCUACUAACACAAAAGUAGCCUCACUGGAGCCACUAACCCCCCCCAAGAAGAAGAAGAAUAGAGAUGUAGCUGUAGCUGAUCGGUUCGGUGGCUGAAGAGCCCGCCUCAUGUAUUUAUUAAACUACGGCUGUAUUCUCCUGAUGGUUUCUGCUUUCUGACAUCUGACACGUCAAGUCUCACUCCGUGAAUAUUAUUUUUCUAUCAAAUUUUCGAGAGAUGAUUUGAUUACCUGCAUUCGGUGAUUCGGUCCACUGUAAGCAGUUGUCGUUUGUGUGACAUUUAAGACAUUAUCAAGUAUGGCAACUUUCGAGAAUCAACAUCUUAAAUUAUACUUUGUAACGUGGAAUGUAGCAACAAAGUAUCCGGAACAAAAUCUACUACAAUUGCUGGGUCUUAGUCAUUUUACUACUGCUAAACAGUUAGCAGACAUCUACAUUGUUGGAUUGCAGGAAGUCAAGUUUCAACCUCAAAACAUUUUUUGGGAUAUUUUUGAAGAUCCUUGGACAAAAGUUUUCAGAGAAGCUUUAAAAGAAUUCAAUUACGUAAAAUUAAAGACUCAGCGGCUGCAGGGUCUGGUUUUAAAUAUUUUUUGCUUGAGGAAACACAUUACAAGUUUGCGGUCUAUUGAAACUCAAUACACUAAAACUGGCUUUGGAGGGAUGUGGGGUAAUAAAGGUGCUGUUAGUAUAAGAUUUAAUAUUCAUGGUGUUAAUGUGUGUUGUGUAAAUGCUCAUCUUACACCUCAUGAUCACUUAUUAGCUGAUCGAAUCACAGAUUACAAAACAAUUGUCAAACAACACUCGUAUACUGUAUCUUAUACAUCCAAUAUAUUUUUCCAUGAUUAUGUUUUUUGGAUUGGUGAUCUCAAUUUUCGCUUAUCUGAAAGCUUAUCAGCUAUGGAUAUUGAUUCUCUUGUUAAAAAGAAUGAAUUUGAUGCACUCUUAGCAAAAGAUCAGUUAAAAAUUAGCAUGAUUAAAAAUGAAGCUUUUGCUGAACUGACUGAAGAAAAAAUUACGUUUCCACCAACUUAUAAAUAUGAUUUUGGUUCGCAAGAGUUUGAUUUCAAGCGUAGACCAUCUUGGACGGAUCGAAUUUUAUAUAAAGUCAAUGAAAGUGUUCAUGAAGAUACAAAGUUAAAGGCUAUACAGUACAGUUACAGAAGUCAUCCUUGCUAUGUACAAUCUGAUCACAAACCGGUUACUGGAGAGUUUGAUAUUGUAAUUAGAUCAAACAUAUCUUUCAAUCGAAUCGAAUUUGAUCCAGUAAUUGCGUGGUACAUUGAUGAAGAAAAUUUUGUGACGUACAAGUUUGUCGGUGAUAUAAAAUCACAUAGUGGUGACUGGAUAGGACUGUAUUAUGAAGGAUUUUCUAGUUUUGAUGAGUAUCUUGCUUAUGAAUACGUGGAAAAAGGUAAAUAGUUUUGUAUCUUACUUUAUAAAAAAAAAAAA